GGGCCUGGGCCGCGGGGACUCGCGGGCAGGUUUCGGUGGGGUCGCACCUGUUGCGUAACCCCCUCCCCCAGUCCCGCCGCGGGGGGCCGCCCCCCGGACGCCCGGAGGGAGCGCGGAGCAGCCCAGGCGAGUCCCGCCCGGCUCGGCCGGGAGCACGUGGCCCGCCCGCGGCGCCGGGGUCUCCCGGGGUCUCCCGGGCGGUGCAGCGGCCCAGGCCUGCGGGGCCCGCCCCCUGCCUGCGGGCAAUUCGGAAAGACCAGCCCCCCCCCCCCCCAACAUCUCAGUGCGGGACGGGGGUCCCCGGAGCGGCUUGGCCGGGGUCUGGGCUCCAGCCGCCGCCCCCUCCCUCGCGGCCCGGGCUCGCGGCUGUGCAGACCCCGGCGGGCGGGCGGCCUCCGGGUCCGCCCCGGGCCCGGCAGCAUGGCCUCAGAGGCUCGGGGUGGGCUGGGGGCCCCUCCACUGCAGUCUGCCCGGUCCCUGCCAGGCCCCGCCCCCUGCCUCAAGCACUUCCCGCUGGACCUGCGCACGUCUAUGGAUGGAAAAUGCAAGGAGAUAGCCGAGGAGCUGUUCAGCCGCUCCCUGGCUGAGAGCGAGCUCCGCAGCGCCCCCUACGAGUUCCCGGAGGAGAGCCCCAUCGAGCAGCUGGAGGAGCGGAGGCAGCGCCUGGAGCGGCAGAUCAGCCAGGAUGUCAAGCUGGAGCCAGACAUCCUGCUUCGGGCCAAGCAAGAUUUCCUGAAGACGGACAGCGAGUCGGACCUCCAGCUCUACAAGGAGCAGGCCGAGGGCCAGGGCGACUGGGGCCUGCGGGAGCGAGACGCGGUGCCGGAGCGGGAGUUCCAGCGCGUCUCCAUCUCCGGGGAGGAGAAGUGCGGGGUGCCCUUCACUGACCUGCUGGACGCGGCCAAGAGCGUGGUGCGGGCGCUCUUCAUCCGGGAGAAGUACAUGGCGCUGGCGCUGCAGAGCUUCUGUCCCACCACCCGCCGGCACCUGCAGCAGCUGGCGGAGAAGCCGCUGGAGACGCGGGCCUACGAACCGGGCCCCGACACCCCCGUAUCCGCCGAUGCCCCGGUGCACCCCCCGGCGCUGGAGCAGCACCCAUAUGAGCACUGUGAGCCGAGCACCAUGCCCGGGGACCUGGGCCUGGGCCUGCGCAUGGUGCGGGGCGUGGUGCACGUCUACACCCGCAGGGACCCUGACGAGCAGUGCUCGGAGGUGGAGCUGCCGUACCCGGACCUGCAGGAGUUCGUGGCCGAUGUCAACGUGUUGAUGGCCCUGAUCAUCAAUGGCCCCAUAAAGUCCUUCUGCUACCGCCGGCUGCAGUACCUCAGCUCCAAGUUCCAGAUGCACGUGCUGCUCAACGAGAUGAAGGAGCUGGCCGCCCAGAAGAAGGUGCCGCACCGCGAUUUCUACAACAUCCGGAAGGUGGACACGCACAUCCACGCCUCGUCCUGCAUGAACCAGAAGCACCUCCUACGCUUCAUCAAGCGGGCCAUGAAGCGGCACCUGGAGGAGAUCGUGCACGUGGAGCAGGGCCGCGAGCAGACGCUGCGCGAGGUCUUCCAGAGCAUGAACCUCACCGCCUACGACCUGAGCGUGGACACCCUGGACAUGCACGCAGACAGGAACACCUUCCAUCGCUUUGACAAGUUCAACGCCAAAUACAACCCCAUCGGGGAGUCUGUCCUCCGAGAGAUCUUCAUCAAGACGGACAACAGGGUUUCUGGGAAGUACUUCGCUCACAUCAUCAAGGAGGUGAUGGCGGACCUGGAGGAGAGCAAGUACCAGAACGCGGAGCUGCGGCUCUCCAUCUACGGCCGCUCGCGGGACGAGUGGGACAAGCUGGCGCGCUGGGCCGUCUCGCACCGCGUGCACUCGCCCAACGUGCGCUGGCUGGUGCAGGUGCCCCGGCUCUUUGACGUGUACCGCACCAAGGGCCAGCUGGCCAACUUCCAGGAGAUGCUGGAGAACAUCUUCCUGCCACUGUUUGAGGCCACCGUGCACCCCGCCAGCCACCCCGAGCUGCACCUCUUCCUGGAGCACGUGGACGGCUUCGACAGCGUGGACGACGAGUCCAAGCCCGAGAACCACGUCUUCAACCUGGAGAGCCCGCUGCCCGAGGCCUGGGUGGAGGAGGACAACCCGCCCUACGCCUACUACCUGUACUACACCUUCGCCAACAUGGCCACGCUGAACCACCUGCGCAGGCAGAGGGGCUUCCACACGUUCGUGCUGCGGCCGCACUGCGGGGAGGCCGGGCCCAUCCACCACCUGGUGUCCGCCUUCAUGCUGGCUGAGAACAUCUCGCACGGCCUGCUGCUGCGCAAGGCCCCAGUCCUGCAGUACCUGUACUACCUGGCCCAGAUCGGCAUCGCCAUGUCCCCGCUCAGCAACAACAGCCUCUUCCUGAGCUACCACCGCAACCCGCUGCCCGAGUACCUGUCCCGCGGCCUCAUGGUCUCCCUGUCCACCGACGACCCCCUGCAGUUCCACUUCACCAAGGAGCCGCUGAUGGAGGAGUACAGCAUCGCCACCCAGGUGUGGAAGCUCAGCUCCUGCGACAUGUGCGAGCUGGCCCGCAACAGCGUGCUCAUGAGCGGCUUCUCCCACAAGGUGAAGAGCCACUGGCUGGGCCCCAACUACACCAAGGAGGGCCCCGAGGGCAACGACAUCCGCCGCACCAACGUGCCAGACAUCCGCGUGGGCUACCGGCAUGAGACGCUGUGCCAGGAGCUGGCGCUCAUCACGCAGGCCGUGCAGAGUGAGAUGCUGGAGACCAUCCCCGAGGAGCCGGGCCUCACCAUGAGCCCGGGGCCCCAGUGAGCGGCCCCGCGCCCGCGGCUCGGCUCCUGACCACGUGUUGUUCUCGGACCCCCUCCCCCCACUGUCGUGGCCCCUGCAUGUGUCGUGCUCCUCCGUUGUCCUGCAUGUCUCUCCCUCUGUCCGCCUCCGUGCCUCCCCGGAAGCAGGGCCCCGGAUGCCCUCCGCCCGUUCUCGGCUCAGGUGGCACCCGUGGCCCAGGUCUGAGGGCGGCCCUGCCAGUGGCCCUGUCCUGGCCAGGGCUGCUCGUCGGGGGCUGGCCCCUCCGGCCUCCGGAGUCCCGCCUGAGCUUCGGCCAGGGAUUGAGCUGAGCCCCCGUCCUGUUUACGUGGCCAAAGUCCCAGGUGGGGCCUGCACAGUCUGCCGUGGGCGCGGGGCUGCCGGCGUCUGGGGGGCUCCGGCGGGGGUCAGAGCUGGGCUGAGAGCCGGCGGAGCCCCAGCGUCCUGGACGUGGCCUCGGAGGCGUGGGACCACCGCCUCUGCCCAGUCGGUGCCCGGCAGCCUUCUCCGUCCUUCCUCCGGGCCGGGUGCCCUGCUGUCCGCUUCCUGUGCCAUGUCGGGGGCACUGCCACUGGGGGCUCCUGGACCUGCCACCGGCCCUGGAGUGGCAUCUCCGAUGUGGUCCCCAGAGUUCUGGCCAGACCUGACUCCCGCUGGUGCCCUGUGCUGUCGUGUGGACCGAGGCCUUCGCUGAGAUGCAGUGUUUCGUACAGUCCCGUCCCUCCUAGUGCAUGAGAAAUAAAGAGUAUUUAAGUAAAGAGGCAGGCGGGUCUCUGUGGGGAGAGGGGCAGCCAGGAGCACCGUGGAGGGGAGGAUGGGAUUCUCAGGCGCGGCAGGGCCUGGCCAGGGUGUGUGCCUGUCUGUGCACAGGAAGCCGUGGGAGGCAGAGAGGCCCAUGGGGGUCCCGUCUGCCAUCGCAGCCUCAUCCAGCUGUGCCCUCUGAAGGGGACACUGCCCGUCACUGCGGCCCCAUGGCACCGCCGGGAGAUGUGGGAGUGGGCUCCCACUCUGUGACCCUGCACGUUCACGGCACUUGUUUAAAAGGCCAUUUCCAGCCCCCCCUCCCCCUCCGAACCCCAUUUAGUGAGUGGAAGGUGCAGCAUGGAAACUGAACCAGCUCGGCUUCUGUCCCGUGUGUGACACAACAUCUGGAACACCUGCCGGGAGGGGAGUGAGUGCGCCCUGUGCUGGGCAGGGUCCUGGGUUGGCACCGAGAAGCCUGUUGCCGCUGCUGCUGAGUGGGGCAGAGCACAGGCUGGCUCUUUCGGAAGCAAUUAGCCCUGGAACAGCGUGAUCCGAGUAAUUGAAGGCCUGCUGAAAGCUGGCUUCCUCCGCCCCUCUUGUCGGCUCGCUCGGCCCAGCCGCUGCGUCUGUGCCAGCCUCCUCCUGGCAUGUCACUCGCCCGGUGUCCCCGGGCAGAAGCUCUCCUGUACCCUUGCUUCCGGAGGGCCCCUGGAGGGCCAGGCCUGCUCCUGGCCAGGACCCAGGGUCCUCCGUCUGCAGAAGGCUUCUCUUGUCGGUGUCUUGUAGCCGACGACAUUUCAGAGCCACGUCAGGGCUGGCUGAGAAGCCAGAGGCUGUACAGCUCUGGCUGAUUUCUGUUGGGGAAACAGCAGGUGCAAGUGGCCUGUGGCAGGACCCGGACUGGAAGCCGGGAGCUUAGCAUCCAGGCGCCUCCACCCCACCUGGGCCCCCUCUGCCUGAAGGACGCAGCUGCUCCAGGUGGAGGGGACUCCUGUUCAAGGGGUUCCUUACAUUUAAUAAUAAAAACGUGCUGUGUCUUCUCUUCGUUUGCAAAACAAGGGAGCAGGAUUAGAGGAUCUUUCUAGAAGGUCCUUUGGGAAGAAGAAUUGCCUGCUUUGGACUCCGUAGUUACCGAGUUUGUGUGUGAUAGAACCCUUCAUGCCGUUUUCUCGUCCUCUGUACCGCCUUCUCGGUGUGUGCUGGGACCCAGCCCUGAGAUCACUACCGAUUCCAAGAGUUUCUUAGCAAGCUCCCACCAUUUUUUUUUUUUUUCUUUUAACAAUUUGCUUCCGGAUUUUUUUUCCCUCUGAAAUCUCUUUCAAACAUUUAUUAAGAAUAUUUUUAAAACAGUAAGGCCUUAAUAUUUUUUUCCUACCUGGAAAGAAGCUAACUUUCAUCCCAGGAAUUUGGAAAAUAUACAAAAAUCGGAACAACAGCAGAAGCAAAAAGCUCCCUGGUUGACUCAUAGCAACAGACGUUUGCUGAUCAUCUGCAUGCCUGCGAUCUACGUUUUAAGAUAUAUUUAUACGUGUCUUUCAGUUAUUUUUAAAGAAAGUAUUUCUGAGUUGAGUUCUAUGUGUAAUUUUGUGGUUUUCAAGUACUUUAAUAGAUCUUUCCGUAUUUCAUUAAAGUAUUUAUAAGCAUAAAUCCUAAUUCCUGUUCACUGGCCUGUGGCAAGCCUCACUAGCUCUUUUUGGUUGAGAACAACUGUGGCCAAUGUUGUGAGUGACCUCUCUCUGGAGCCACACCCUGCUUCCUGGCUGUGUGACCUUGGGCAAGUUACUUUCCCUCUCUGUGCCUCCUGGGCUCCGGGGAGGAUCCAAGUGCCCAGGCUUCUCUCCAGGGUCAGAGCCUGGGCGAUGGUGAAGACCUGGAAGGAGGACUUCGGGGGCUGCAGAAUAGGAAACGGACAAAGUCACAACGGACAAGUGUUUCAAUGCCUUCCCAGCGCCGGGCUGCACGGCCACUCUAAUCCUUGUUAGGCCUGGCGUCCACAGAAAUGUCAGAGUUGAAAACAACUUGUAAAUUGGGCUUUUGGCAAGAGUUCCAGACUCUGCAGGAUGAUUGAAGAGCAAUCAUAAGACCAA